UGUCCAUUCACGCCUACACAAACCUGGAGGACCUCGCCCCCUCUUCUUUCUUUCUAUCUCUUAACCUAAAGCACCUCUGAAUCUUUUCUCUGGUGUUUUGGCGUAUCAAAGAACCCCUCGCUUCUGGCCACAUCGUCAUCUCGUCUUUUUUAUUGAUCGAAGCUCCCCCGACCUCCUCCAUAGCUCCAAUCCACAAUGGCACCACCCGGUCGCCGACGACUCCCUCUCUCCCCGUUGACCCUUAUCCUCGGCCUCCUAUUCCUUUUCUCCGGCACAGCUUCCGCCGCCUCAGCUGUCCUCGGUGUCGACAUUGGCACAGAAUACAUCAAAGCGGCCCUCGUUAAACCUGGUAUUCCUCUCGAUAUUGUCCUGACAAAAGACUCAAAGCGCAAAGAGGCUUCUGCCGUCGCCUUCAAACCUUCGAGAGCUGGUCACCAGGCCGGCAACUUCCCCGAACGAUUCUAUGGCGGGGAUGCGCUCGCACUCGCGGCGCGCUUCCCUGCGGACGUGUACCCAAACCUGAAGACACUUCUCGGUGUGCCCCUCGAAGACCUGAGUGUAGUCACAGAAUACAAGGACAGACAUCCGGCAUUGCAGGUUGUGGGGGCGGACGGACGGCCCACUAUUGCGUUCAAGAGCGAAACUCUACCACAAGAUGAGCUGCCGUUUUCCGUUGAGGAAUUGCUGGCAAUGGAGCUGCAAAACGUGCGGGAUAAUGCAGUAGCGAUGGCAGGCAAGGGGAACGAUGUGUCGGAGGUCGUAUUCACGAUCCCGCCGUUCUACACUGCGGAUGAGAAGAGGGCACUGGAGGCCGCGGCCAACCUGGCUGGGCUGAAGGUGCUAGGCUUGGUAUCUGAUGGACUGGCAGUCGGCAUACAAUACGCAACCUCAAGGACAUUCCCGAGUGUUAGUGAAGGAGGGAAGCCAGAGUAUCACAUGGUCUUUGAUAUGGGCGCAGGGUCUACCAAGGCGACUGUCUUAAAGUUCCAAGGAAGGACGGUCAAGGAUGUGGGAAGAUUCAACAAGACGAUCCAAGAGGUUAUUGUACUGGGUACAGGCUGGGAUCGGACCUUGGGUGGAGACUCACUGAACGGCAUUGUCAUGGAUGAUAUGGUACAGCAGUUUGUUGAAAGCUCUGGCGCAAAAAAGGUCGGUGUCGCAGCUGUGGAUGUUAAGGCUCACGGCAGGACAGCUUCGAAGCUUUUAAAAGAGGCGGAGAAGGUCCGACAAGUUCUGAGCGCGAAUUCCAAUACCGGGGCAAGCUUCGAAGGACUCUACGAGGAUGUUGACUUUAAGUACAAGAUCGCGCGGACGCAGUUUGAAGAAUUGGCUUCGGACUUUACUGCCCGUGUCGAUGGACCUAUUACGCAAGCUCUAGGUGCAGCCGGUCUCACAGUUUCCGAGUUAGACUCCGUCAUUCUUCACGGCGGCGCCGUUCGAACUCCCUUUAUUCAAAAGAGGCUUGAGUCUUUAAUUGGAGCAGCCAAGCUUAAGAGCAACGUCAAUGCCGAUGAAUCAGCUGUUUUUGGGGCUGCCUUCAAGGCUGCUGGACUGAGCCCAAGUUUCAGAGUCAAGGAGAUUCGGGACAUCGAUAUUCAAGGCUAUCAAGUUGGGGUGCAGUAUACUUGGAAUCUCAAGGAGCGAUUCCAGAAGCUUUUCACACCUACCUCGCCGGUCGGAACGACCAAGGAUAUUCCAUUUAAGAUGAUGGACGAAUUCGAGUUUACUCUUCACCAAGGUAUCCCAUCACAGGUGGAGGAAUUCUCACAGCAACCGGUCAUUCAUGUUCGAACUGGGAACUUGACCAAAGUUGUCAGUAACUUGAUUGACAAGGAAGGAUGUGACCGUGAAACCUUCAACACCAAGUUUUCGGUUCGACUGAGUCCUGUUACUGGUGUUCCUGAGGUUGUUGGAGGCUGGGUUAGCUGUGAAACCGAAGAUACGGGCAAGGGUGGUGUAAUGGAGGGCGUCAAGGGAUUCUUUGGCUUCGGGGCGAAGGAUGGAGAACAACAGCCCCUCAAAGAAGGUGAGACAGUGCUGGAAGGAGAGGAGGCAGAUUCAUCAUCGACAGAGUCUUCGUCCACUUCAUCGUCCUCGACAUCAACUUCGAUGUCAUCUCCAAAAUCAUCUUCAGCAUCGGCGGCGUCAGAGUCACCAGACGCCACGGAAGGAAAGAAAAAGACUAUCACUUCAGCGAUCACCUUCCAUAUCACGCAAAAAGGCUAUGAAAAGCACCCUCGAAAGGAAUACAACCGUAUGAAGGACAGACUCGCGGCUUUCGAUGCUUCAGACAAAGCUCGACGCGGACGUGAAGAAGUUCUCAACUCAUUGGAAGCUUUCACUUACCGCGCGCGGGAUCUUUUGGAUAACGAAUACUUCAUUGCCGCCUUCACGACCGAGCAGAGAUCCUUACUCGAGGAGAAGCUCGGCUUUACAAGCGAUUGGAUAUACGGAGAUGGUCGUGACGCUACGGAAGAGGAUCUGAAGGCUAAGCUGAAGGACCUCAAGGACAUUGUCGACCCGGUGCAAAAGCGAAUCGACGAGGCCCGCAAGCGGCCGGAUGCCAUCAAAUCGCUCGAAGAGGCUCUCGAGCAAGUCAAGAGCUUUACGGGUAUCAUCGCAAACGAUAUUAAGGAUAGCGCCGCUAAGGCUUCUCUGGCUGCCGAAGAAGCGAGCAAAGCAGCUGCUAGCUCUACUGCCUCGGCGGAAGAAUCGGCCACUGCCGACCCUCUCGAUGACCUUGAGGAAGAAGAUAUGCUGAAGUCAGCUUCGUCUGAAGCAGCAAAAGCAUCCGACGUGCCUGAGCCGCCCAUCUAUUCAGAAGAUGACUUGGAGGUUCUCACCAGCGUCUCCGAAACAGUGCAGAAGUGGCUGGACGAGAAAUUGGCCGCACAAGCUAAGCUCUCCGAGACGCAAGACGCAGCUUUCACGAUCAAGGACUUAGAAGAGCAAUCCCGCAAGCUUAACAGCGCGCUCAUGGAGAUGGUCCAGAGGAAGAUGCGUAUGCCGACUAAGAGCAAGACGGCGAAGCCCAAGGCGACGAAGAAGCCGAAGAAGGCGGCCAAGAAGAAGUCGAAAAAGGGAGAGAAAGCUGAGGAGGAAGAGGAAGUAAAGGCGGAUGGGCAAAAAGCAAGGAAAAUUAAGCUGGAGCCGGGGGCCACGAUGGAAGAGAUAGAGGAGGCAAUUCACGGAGUGAAGAAGGCACAUGAUGAACUGUAGUUGCUUUGUAUGUAGUGGCUAGAACGCGCAUAGGAUGGAGUUAUAGGGAUUCAGGAAUAUAUCUCCACAUUAUGGACGACAAUUACAUGCCUAAAGAAAUGCAGAAAUCCCUC